AUGGUGGUGGCACCUCCAACAGAACAGCCGGAUGAGGAACCUAAAAGAAAACGAAUACCUAUAUUCCCAGGGUUUCCCGAAUUGGAAAGAUCUGACGUCAGCAUAUAUCCACCUUAUCCAAAAUUAGGUUUAGCUUAUGUAGUAGUAUGUCGCCAUCGUUACCACUGGGCCAAAGUAGCGCAACGGAAACAGUUCAUGAGAGAGCUUCACAGUUUUGAGAAAAUACAGUCGAACGCUCUUGACGGUGUUAGAGUCCACAGGGAGUUUUCACAAGGUAUACUGUCACAUACUAUACCGCCACGACGAUAUAUCCAGAAAAUGACACCAGAUCCCCUUUCUUCUAAGCAAAGAAUGCGAGUUGAAGCAAUUAUUAGUGGCAGAGCUACUUUUUAA